AUGGGUUUACCAUGGCUGGACCAGCCGGUGAUGUUGCACUCGUCCAGAGCAGAUAGCUGCCAGUUGACUGCAAAGCAAUGCGCCUACCGCAAUGGACAUUGGAGAUACUGGUAUCAAGCCGAUCACGUCUAUGCGCUGAACACGAUAUACUUCCUUUGUGCAACGGUUGGGGUUUUCGUGAUUCUUCGGAUGAUGACCAAGUUUAGUCCCCUGUUUUUGCGAAGGACGGCCAUCUGGAAGAGGGCAACGGCAACAGGGCGAUAUCUUGCCUACAAAAGUUUUCCAUCACCCGUCAUCAACUUUCCGGCCACCGGCGUCUUCAUUUUGAUUGUUAUCGGGGCUGCCUUCUUCCUUGCAAUGACCCUCGGUCCACAACCGUAUUACUGGCCAAAUACUGAGACGGUUUCUUAUGGAGGCAGUCCUCCAAUCGCGACCCGAGCAGGAUGGAUGGCACUGGGCCUGCUGCCUUUCGUCUUGGCCCUCGGAGCCAAAGCCAAUCUUAUUUCAGCGUUGACUGGGGUAACCCAUGAAAAACUUCAGAUCUUCCACCACUGGACUAGUUACGCCAUGUUCGUCCUUGCUUUAGUACAUACGUUUCCGUUCAUUGUCGUUCAUAUUCAAAAAGGCGACAUGGUGAAGCAGUGGAAGACGGAGAUAACAUACUGGACGGGGGUAGCUGCUCUGAUACCACAGGCAUAUUUGACAUUUAUGUCUCUGCCAGCGAUUCGAAACCGAUUCUACGAAUUUUUCAAGGCCACGCAUCUUCUGGCCGCAUUCCUAUUUAUCCUCUUCUUUUUCUUUCACUGUGACUUUCGUCUCUCCUCAUGGGACUAUUUCAUCGCAUCUGUCGCGAUCUAUCUCUUGAGUCUUCUCAUAUCAUUCGCCAAGACCCACCUCAUCCAUGGCCGUCACCGCGCGACAUUCGAGCUUCUCCCCUGCGGCUUCCUCCGUAUCACUGUCCCAACUGUUACCGUUGUGUGGCGACCCGCGCAACACGUCUUCAUCCGUUUCCUCAGCCCUCGACUGGGUCUACACAGUCUUACCGCACAUCCUUUUACCAUAAGCUCUACCUCGAAGCAGGUACCGAGUAGGAGCAUCUGCCCAAGCUUGACAUUCUACAUCCAGCCCCGCAGCGGCAUCACAGCCCGCCUUGCACAGCUUGCUAACCGCCAUCCGGGGUUUUCUGUCCCCGUCCUUCUAGAAGGGCCAUACAGCGGGAUAUCCGGAGACCCAGAUAUCGCACGAUUAAGCCAUAUCAUCUUAGUGACCGGAGGGUCCGGGGGUGGUUUCUCCUUCGGGAUUUUGGAGGACGUCCUGCGGGGGGUGAAGUCUCCCAAAAAUUCAUCCACCGAUGCAAUUGCCGAUGUAGCCGGGAACGGUUCUACCAGAACUCUCCCCAGAGUCAGCAUCAUCUUCGCAACCAAGUCUCCAGCAGUAGCAGACUGGUACACCAGCGAGCUCAAUCGGAUUCUGCUGGAUCAUUAUAACGGUUCCCGCAGGAUAGACGUGCACAUCGACAUCCAUAUCACCUCUCACUCCUCUCCUCCUUCUAACUCACCACCCUCUCAGGCUGCACGGGACGAAGAAGAGAAAUGCAUCAAAACACCCGAACCAUCGGGCUCAAUCACUACCCUCCCGAUUACAUAUCAUCAAGCGCGUCGACCAGACCUACCCCAGCUCCUCACCGCCGCAGUUCCUGUCCCCGGGAGAGAAAAUGCAGAGCAGAAGAUCGGCAUCUUCACGUGUGGGCCUGGAUCCAUGAUCAACGACGUUCGUAAUGCGGCGGCUGACGCGCAGUUGUGUGUUGGUCGUGGUAAGAUGGCUGGAGUGGUGGAGGUGUAUCUGCAUACGGAGAUGUUUUCGUGA